AUGCAGCGCUCCGGUUAUCUUCCAGCAUCCGGCGCAUCACCUCCUCUUCACCAUCCCGUUCCCCAGCACCAUGUACCUAUUCCAGUGAUGCACUCUCCACCACCUCCACAUACCGCUACGGCGUACAGCUCGCCGUACGCCCAACAACCAAUGCAGAACACAAUGGGAAAUCAACAGCCGAUCCAGGGCAUGCAUCCUGCGUAUGGCGAUUUCUUUAGUGAUCCCAGGGCCGCGAUGGCUUUUCAGGUCGGAGGAAGAGCUACUGAAGCUGCUGGUGCUUAUGUGGAGCAAAACUUUGGGAAAUAUUUGCAAGUAGGCGCAUUAAAACAUUAUUUCAACGUCUCCAACAGUUACGUGCUCCGGAAACUAUACCUUGUACUUUUCCCAUGGCGACAUAAGCCAUGGUCUCGCAGUGGGUCUCAAAGAGCUGGGGCAAAUGGCCAGGUUGAUACUUAUUUCCUUCCACCGAGAGAUGAUAUCAAUUCGCCCGAUAUGUAUAUUCCAGUUAUGGCGUUUGUCACUUACAUCCUUCUAUCGACUCUCCUUUACGGUCUUGCCGGACAUUUUAACCCCGAACAGCUCGGUUACACUGCAUCCUUUGCAUUUACUAUUGUGAUCCUUGAGAUCGGUAUUAUUAAGAUCGGAUGUUAUCUUUUAAGCAUCAAUAAUGACAGUCAAUUGAUGGAUCUCGUGGCGUAUUCUGGAUAUAAGUUCGUGGGGAUUAUCGUCACGCUGGCUAUGACAACUCUCGGGUCCCGAUGGUUAGAAUAUUUGGUAUUUGCCUAUACUUUCAACGCGAAUGCGUUCUUCUUAUUACGGAGCUUGAAAUAUGUUCUACUCCCGGAUAACACAGCGGACAAUCCACGAGGCACUAUGUAUGCUGUCAAUCGAACCCAGAAGAACCGUCGCACCCAAUUCUUGUUCUUGUACAGCUAUAUUGUCCAAGUUAUUUUUAUGUGGGCACUUUCAUCAGGAUUCAAUAGCGCAACCUCUGGGAAGAAGUAA